AUGGUGCUUGAUGAUACCUUUACUUUUUAUGGAUAUUCCUUCUCCUGCUAUAAUGCGAUAAUUACAUUUGUCUGGCUUCUCUUUUGUUGGGAAACAUAUCUUAAUCUGCGACAAAUUUCACUAGCCAAGAAGACAACUAAGCGACCCCAACAAAUUGAGAAAAUAAUGAGUGAUGAAGACUUUGAUAAAUCUCGACGCUAUAGCAUUGAAAAAAUGAACUUUGAAGUUGUCAGUUCCUUUUAUAACAUAAUUUCAAUGUCGAUCAUCCUGCAUUUCGGACUUAUAGCGUGGGCUUGGAAUUUUUCUAAAGACCACUUACUUCGUCUUGAUGCUUAUUUCUCCCAUACUCUGGGCGCCACAAAAGAUAGCGACAUUUUAUUCUCGCUGGUCUUCAUUGUUUAUGGUUCCAUCUUUCGAUUCUUUGAGUCACUUCCUUGGAGUUACUAUCGCAAUUUUAUCAUUGAAGAACGUUACGGAUUCAACAAACAGACUUUGGGAUUCUUUAUCAAAGAUCGAAUUAAAUCUCUUAUCGUUAGUCUUGUUAUUUUCAUGCCCGUUAUUUCCGCUUUAAUUUGGAUAAUCCAAGCUGGAGGUCAAUAUUUCUACAUUUACGCGUACUCUUUCAGCUUUGUUGUCUCAAUGAUCUUUAUGUUCAUAUACCCCGAAUUCAUUGCCCCAAUUUUCGAUCGAUAUGAACGCUUUCCAGAUUGUGAUUUGAGAACCAAAAUUGAAAGUCUGGCUGCUAGAAUCGGUUUCCCUUUAAAAAAGCUGUUCGUUGUAGAGGGCUCAAAGCGCAGUUCUCAUAGUAAUGCCUAUUUCUAUGGCUUUGGAAACAAUAAGAGGAUUGUACUCUUUGAUACUCUAAUUAAGGGAUUUAAAAUGCCCACUUCAGAAAAGGAUCCGAAAAAUGAGGAGGAAGAGAAUACUGAUGAGGAUGAAACUCUCAAUCGAGGUUGCGAGGAUGAUGAAGAAAUUCUGGCUGUUCUUGGACACGAAAUGGGGCAUUGGAAGUGUAACCAUGUUACCUACUAUCUAAUUAUCGCUCAACUUAAUCUGUUCUUCAUGUUCUUUGCCUUUGGCCAAAUGAUGAAUAUUGAUAAACUCUUUAUUGGUUUCGGAUUCCCACCAUCCACAGCACCGAUAUUUAUUCGCCUUGUUGUUGUCUUUCAGUUAAUAUUUAUGCCUUACAGCACUGUUGUCGAAUUCCUAUUGACUAUGCUCUCAAGAAGAUUCGAAUUCCAGGCAGACGCUUUUGCCGUCGGUCUCAACUUCGGGGAGAAAUUGAAAGGAGCUCUUCUUGUCCUCACUAAGGAUAAUCUCUCUUUCCCUGUAUAUGAUUGGCUCUUUUCAAUGUGCAAUCACUCACACCCUCCGAUUCUUGAAAGAAUGGCAGCAAUUGAUGUUCAAAUCUCCAAAAAGGAUUGUAUGCUGAAGUUCCCAUUUUUAGAUCCAUUGCUUUUACUUCAUUUAUUCGAAUUCAUUCUUUUUUCUCAACAGAGUGGUACUACAGCUGAGACAAAUUGGCUCGAUGAAUCAACACCUUCAGUAUCGAAGUCAUCACCCUCUUCGCGUCUAGUAGUGACCUGUGCCGUCGGCACAAUAACAACUUCUUUGAUCUACUUCCUAGCACCGUUUAUAGGCCCUGCAUUUAGAAAUGUGUUGAGUCUUCUUGGAGACAAAGAGCUGAAAAGUUUAGAGUCUGCUUCAGGGGUGGAACUGAAUCGACCUCUGGUCUGGUGGUCUCGACUUUCUGCGUGGAAAAGUGGGCUUAACAAGCGAUCCAGAUUCCACUGUCGGAAUCUCUGGAAAUACAAUCUCACUCCGUUUCAAACGAUCGUAGUAUUUGGCGUUGAUACUAUGAUGAAGCCAUUGGAAGAAAAACUCAUCGCUGAAUUACGAGGGGAACCAAUAAUAGUCGCCUGUCGGUUUCCUCUCCCCACCUUACCACUUUAUUCGAAGCUUGGGUCAGGUUCCAAUACCGCUUAUCUCUAUCUUCCAGAUUUGAAGAGUAAGGUUUCUGCACCGUAG